AUGUUUUGGAUCCAGAGAGAUUAGUACUAUGCCCAUACAACAAACAUCAUCGAAUCAGAGCCUGUCGAUUUCCCUAUCACCUUGUGAAGUGUAGGAAGAGCUACCCUGAACUUGCAAAGGAAUUGGCCACAUGCCCCUUCAACGCUCGCCAUCUAGUUCCUCAAGCCGACCUCAGCGAUCACAUAAUGAAGUGCAAUGACAAAGGGUUCAUGGAGCAAGACAUGGUGAGUCAGUCCUCUGGCUUCCAGAGAGAGCAGAUGAAUGCUGUGAGCACGUGGCAGGCACCUCCAUGUGAAGAAGACUGGGAAACAGAGACGUUGGAGCAGUCGGAUUCUCCUUUUAUUUGGGGCAUGCCCAACUCUGGCAUGAAGAGUACUACCUCUGAACAAAAGAAUUGCUUGCCUUCAAGAGUACGUGCCCCUGAGUCCUUCCCGUACGUCGUAUCGUGGAAAGGCU